UGGCUGCAACGAGAUUGAAUCUACGUGUUUACGGAACAAACAGCUCUGCACUUUUAUUUGGUCAUGAAAUAUUUAGCAUUUGAACUAUCACACAGCCUACUAAACCUCCUUUCCACUUCGGCGUUGGGCGACUGAGCAUUUCCGGAUUGAGUCCAUCCAAUGGCUUUACUCCAUAUACGGAUGACAAUAACAGAGGGGCAGUAGUGAGGCACUUUUCAUAAAACCUGAUUAGCACCUCAGCUAGCCACCACUGAGCUCAGAGCUGCGCCGUGGAGAAGCUGAACAACGCACAUUGAGGGCAGCGCAAGGAUUUGACUGGGAAAUAGGAAACAAACAAGGAGAGUGCGUAGCCUACACAAAAUAUCUGACACGGAGUCGAACGUCACUACCAUGGAGAACGCUCAUGAAAAAAGUGUUGAAGAAGUUUAUAGCUAUUUCAAUGUCAACGAAAGCACGGGGCUUGGCUUGGACCAAGUAAAACGACAAAGGGAGAAAUGGGGCACAAACGAGUUACCUGCUGAAGAAGGAAAGUCCUUAUGGGAACUUGUUGUUGAACAGUUUGAAGAUUUACUUGUGCGAAUUCUUCUAUUGGCGGCCUGUAUAUCUUUUGUCUUGGCCUGGUUUGAGGAUGGGGAAGAAACGAUCACAGCUUUCGUGGAGCCUUUCGUGAUCUUACUCAUUCUCAUAGCCAAUGCCAUCGUAGGUGUUUGGCAGGAGCGUAAUGCGGAGGAUGCCAUUGAGGCACUUAAAGAGUAUGAGCCUGAGAUGGGGAAGGUGUACCGCCAGGACAGGAAGACUGUCCAGAGGAUCAAGGCCAAAGACAUCGUGCCUGGAGACAUCGUGGAGGUUGCUGUUGGAGACAAGGUUCCUGCAGACAUCCGUCUCUCUUCAAUCAAGUCUACAACCCUGAGGGUGGACCAGUCCAUCCUGACAGGCGAGUCUGUCUCCGUGAUCAAGCACACUGACCCUGUGCCUGACCCCCGAGCUGUCAACCAAGACAAGAAGAACAUGCUGUUCUCUGGGACCAACAUCGCCGCCGGCAAGGCCAUCGGCGUGGUGGUGGCCACCGGCGUCAACACGGAGAUCGGUAAGAUCCGCGACGAGAUGGCGGCCACGGAACAGGAGAAGACUCCGCUGCAGGCCAAGCUGGACGAGUUUGGGGAGCAGCUGUCCAAGGUCAUCUCCCUGAUCUGUGUGGCCGUGUGGAUCAUCAACAUCGGCCACUUCAAUGACCCCGUCCACGGGGGCUCCUGGGUGCGCGGCGCCGUCUACUACUUCAAGAUCGCCGUGGCGCUGGCCGUGGCCGCCAUCCCCGAGGGCCUGCCCGCCGUCAUCACCACCUGCCUGGCCCUGGGCACGCGCCGCAUGGCCAAGAAGAACGCCAUUGUCAGGUCCCUGCCCUCCGUGGAGACACUGGGCUGCACCUCGGUCAUCUGCUCCGACAAGACGGGCACCCUCACCACCAAUCAGAUGUCUGUGUGCAGGAUGUUCAUUGUUGACAAAGCUGAAGCAGAAAGCUGCUCUCUGGGGGAGUUUACCAUCACUGGCUCAACGUAUGCCCCUGAAGGAGAAGUGUAUCAGGAUGGUAAUCUCGUGAAGAGUUCUCAGUUUGAUGGUCUGGUAGAGAUCGCCACCAUCUGUGCCCUGUGCAACGACUCCUCUCUAGACUUCAACGAGGCCAAAGGGGUGUUUGAGAAGGUUGGAGAGGCCACGGAGACCGCCCUCACCUGCUUGGUGGAGAAGAUGAACGCGUUUGACACCGAGGUCAAGCACCUUCCCAACAUCGAGAGGGCCAACGCCUGCAACUCUGUGAUCAAGCAGCUGAUGAAGAAGGAGUUCACCCUGGAGUUCUCCCGAGACAGGAAGUCCAUGUCGGUGUACUGUACCCCCAACAAGGCCCGGUCUUCCAUCGGCAAAAUGUUUGUCAAGGGUGCCCCAGAGGGAGUGAUUGAUCGGUGUACCCAUGUCCGAGUGGGCAACAGCAAGGUUCCCAUGACCCCGGUUGUCAAGGACAAGAUCCUGUCUGUGAUCCGGGAGUACGGGACCGGGCGUGACACCCUGCGCUGCCUGGCUCUGGCCACCAGGGACACCCCCCCUAAGAAGGAGGACAUGGUUCUUAUCGAUGCAGCCCGCUUUGCAGCCUAUGAGUCGGACUUGACCUUUGUGGGCUGCGUGGGCAUGCUGGACCCCCCGCGACAGGAGGUGGCAGCCUCCAUCAAGCUGUGUCGCCUGGCCGGCAUCCGCGUCAUCAUGAUCACCGGGGACAACAAGGGCACGGCCGUGGCCAUCUGCCGGCGCAUCGGCAUCCUGGCCGAGGACGACGACGUGGAGCGCAUGGCCUUCACCGGCCGCGAGUUUGACGACCUCUCCCCCGCCGCGCAGCGCGACGCCGUCAUCAACGCCCGCUGCUUCGCCCGCGUCGAGCCCUCGCACAAGUCCAAGAUCGUCGAGUUCCUGCAGAGCAUGGACGAGAUCACGGCCAUGACUGGAGACGGAGUCAACGAUGCCCCAGCCUUGAAGAAGGCGGAGAUCGGCAUCGCCAUGGGCUCUGGCACCGCCGUGGCCAAGUCGGCCUCUGAGAUGGUCCUGGCUGAUGACAACUUCUCCUCCAUCGUGGCGGCCGUAGAGGAGGGCAGGGCCAUCUACAACAACAUGAAGCAGUUCAUCCGCUACCUCAUUUCCUCCAACGUGGGCGAGGUGGUCUGUAUCUUCCUGACUGCUGCUCUGGGCUUCCCCGAGGCUCUGAUCCCAGUCCAGCUGCUGUGGGUCAACCUGGUGACGGAUGGCCUCCCCGCCACCGCCCUGGGCUUCAACCCCCCCGACCUGGAUAUCAUGAACAAGCCCCCCCGCAACGCCAAGGAGCCCCUCAUCUCUGGCUGGCUCUUCUUCAGAUACCUAGCCAUCGGAUGCUAUGUCGGAGCCGGGACUGUGGGAGCGGCCGCCUGGUGGUUCGUGGCUGCUGAAGACGGCCCCAUGAUCAGCCUGUACCAGCUGAGCCACUUCCUGCAGUGCUCCCCUGACAACCCGGACUUCCAGGACCUGGAGUGCCACGUGUUCGAGUCCCCCUACCCCAUGACCAUGGCCCUGUCGGUGCUCGUCACCAUCGAGAUGUGCAACGCUCUGAAUAGUUUGUCUGAGAACCAGUCCCUGCUGCGUAUGCCUCCCUGGGACAAUGUCUGGCUGCUGGGGGCUAUCUGCCUCUCCAUGUCCCUCCACUUCCUCAUCCUCUACGUGGAGCCCUUGCCUGUCAUCUUCCAGAUCACCCCUCUGAACCUCACGCAGUGGCUGAUGGUGCUGAAGAUCUCCCUGCCCGUCAUCCUUUUGGAUGAGCUGCUCAAGUUUGUGGCCAGGAACUACCUGGAACCUGGUAAACACCUGGAGAAGUCAGCUGGCAAGGGCUGCUCCCUGUCCGCAUGCACAGAGGGGAUCUCCUGGCCCUUUGUGGCCAUCUUCCUCCCCCUGGUUCUGUGGCUGUACAGCAUCGACACGAACGUGUCUGAGUUGUUCUGGUCCUGACUGACUCCAAGCACACUCCCCCUCCCCCCGGGCACCAGUGUGAGUGGAGAUUAAUACAUCUAACAACCCCACAUUAACCAGGAACAACUACUACUACUACAACCACAACCACAACCGCCUGGUCAAACACAGUGAGAGCUCAGCAUUUGUACGUGUAUGUCUAUACCCUUGGCUGAUUUGGAUCAAGGACAUUUUCACCAUUCCAUUUCUUUUCUUUUUUAUUCAUCCUUUUUUUUUGAUGAACAUACUUUUUAAUGACCUUGAGUUUUGUCGGUUUGUCUUUUUUCAUAUCAAGCCUUCGUUAUGUGCCCCCGUGUUUUUUGAACAGGCAUAGAAUUGUAGGAACUGUCAGAUGAUAUGUACAGAGAAUGAACAAUAUUUUAUCAACUUUUUGUAAAUUGGGGAGGGGAUUUGUGGACAGCAGGUAGGCUACAAGUGGCAUGCACUGGACUCAAAUGUAUUACUCUUGUCUUCAGUGUGACCCCUUUAAUAUAUGGCCUUUGGAUGAGAAAGGGGUGUAACUGUAAUGACCAUACAACAUUUGCACUGACUCAGUGGUCUGUACUAAAAGUGCAUGUGUUUUGUGAUGGCAUGGGGAUUCUUCUUGGUUGAUAGUUGUUCCUCCCCCUGUUAUAAGCUCCAUAUCUGGUUUGCUUUUAGUUUCUGUGCUAGGCCGAGCACAGCUACCUCAAUGCUGUUGAUAUGACCACAUUACUUUCCAUGUUUUCCACUAAGCCUUUUCACGUUCUAAGACAUGUCAUAUUAAGUGUUGAGGUAAGCACCAUUUUUGCUUUUGUUGAAGGAGAAGUACGUUCUCAUCUACCUUUUUAAGGUUUUCUAAGUUGAAAUUGAGGUUGACCUUUUUAUGUUCCCUGAGGGAAGUAGGGAAAGAAACAUGUAAAUGUUACUUUAGUCUUCUACACCAUUUUUGAUAGACAUGCCUGUUGUUAAAAUGUUUACUUGAACACAACACACUCUGUCAUUAUUCCAAUAUUAAAACGUUUACUUUUUUUAGCUAGUCUUCAUGUACAUUACAAAUAACAAUGAUUCUUAUAUAGAUUAUGUAUAUUGUGCACAUACUGUACUUGAAUAUAAAGACACCAAGACGCUGAUAAUAAUAGUAUCAGCUGAGCACAAGAUUGAGGCUUCGAUGGGACCAUGUUGUGGUCUAGACUUGCUGUUAGGAUGUAUGACCAUGUUAUAGGCCUAACUCGGACUGGCAGGUGGAAGAGUAUAUGUAAAUCUGUAUAUAGCACAGUAGUAUCUAUAUGUAUAGGGGUUUCACGUUUUCCGAAUGCUCCAUACCGUCACGCUAGUUGACUUGAGCCGUGUUUUUAGAAAACACUGCAGUAGGUAGGUAUACCUGGAAAGCAUGCCCUCUCCAAUGCUAGGCCAGUAUGAGUUCCUCUAAACCUAACUGCUAUUUCUUCCAAUGCUUUCCGCCUGUUUAUCAGAGUGAGUAUCCCCCCCCUGCCCUGCAUGCGCCCUGCCCGCUAGCGUGUUCUCAUCCAGGCACCAUCCAACACACCCAAGCCUUGCGGUCGAGCAGGUGUAUUCAAAGUCUCGACUCUUUGAUGGAAAGAUGUUGUUUUGCUUUUUAAACAACAUUUUAUAUGUUGCCGCUUUCCUUGUUAUUUCAAGUCAGGGAUUUUGGCCACUUUAUAGAUUGUGUGAACGACAAUGAUAUGAUGAUGUAAGAGUUUUAAUUUGAAAAAUGCCUUUUCACUAAGUGCCAGUCAACAUAUGUGAGCUGGUAAAAAUAUAUUGAAGUGCUCUGUCUGACUUGAUUUCAUUGGUGGCAAUAUUAUUGGGGGCCGACAGAGUAUAGGGAUAUUACUUGCAGCAAGUGUUGCAAUCGCAAGGCAUGGCGUUUUCAUGUGGACAUGGCUUUGUGCCUUCCCAUUUCUCUGCUUGCAUGUGGCAUGGCUUUUGACAUCUAUAUAUGUAGGCAGACAGGAGGAAAUGGAAAGCUUUUAAACAUGUCUUUCAUCAUGCAUAGUGAAUGAGCCAUGUCUUAUAGCGCCUUUGCUUUGACCUAUGCCUUAGGUAAGUCAUCUGAUUGGUCUCUUUCUCUUCUCUCUCUGCAGCUGGGGCUGUGUAAGCCCCGCCCACUCCUCUAAACCCCUUUUGCAGAAACUGUAAGGUUUUGUUUUAGUGUUGUGCAUGUGUGUUUCGAGCAGCACCACAUCUUCUAAGACUUGCAUGUCAAAAUAAGAACUCAAAUCAAGACAUGAUUCAUCAUUUAAUAUGUACAUCAAUUCCUUUUUUUAUCUAAAAGAUACCUAAUUUAAAUGGAAUGGGUUCAAAUUAAAAUGUUUUUGGAAUCCAGUGAACUAAUCCCAUGUCCUCAGUCCCUCCAUGGUCUUGCAUGAAGCGCUUUAGUAUAGCCGUCUGUCGAGAAAAGGUGACAGUUCUCGUGCCAUCUCAGAAACCUAGACUUCAUUGUUUAGUAAUGUAUAAUAUUCCAUGGUGCAUGUCAUCUGAAGCAGCCAUUUAUUUUAACAGAUUUGUGUAAUAGUUCUGUAUAGUAUUGGUAAAUUUAAAUUUAAACAAUCUACAAAUAAUAGUGCAAAUGUUAAAUUAAGCUCAGAAAGCUGUGUCUUUUCCUAAGGAAAUACUUUUUGAAUUGAAUGUGUAAAAAAUUACCAAACGAGACUUUUUGCUUUGCACUGUGAUGUGCGACAUGUUGUAAGCAGACUUUGUGGUGUCUGGUUAGGAGGUGCAGCGAUAGUGAUGCAUACCCUGAGGAAAUCAGACAGUCCUUCAAUGGCAUGGUUUUGCCAAACAACUGUACUGUAAUUUCAGAGCUGAUGAUUGUAUUACGUAUCACAACUUGUGGUUUCAGGUAAAUAAAGCGAUUAUACUUUAAA